AUGGCAAAAAUUAAUUUCUGUGAAGGCAGUACUUGCACAAUGAACAUUUCUGAAAACACUAUAAAACCCCUUACUUUUGAAUGGAUUAUAGUGGGUGAAUGUGGCAACUCCAAUGAAAAAUGGGAACGUGAUACUGUGAAUGAUAACACUUCAAUAGCAAUCUGGAUGUGCUCCAGAGAAAGGAGAACUCCUACUUUACAGCCCCCCAAAAUUCUGAAUUGUAAUGAAAAUCUGGACUCCCUAGCAUUACAGGUUGAAACUGUGUGCACCAGCAGUGUUUCAGGUAUGGCCAGUAGCAUUCAAAUCCUCACCUCCAUACCAGACCAACUGACCACACAGAACAUCUCUGAUGCUGUGAACAUUGCAGUGCAGAUUCUGAAAAAGCCAAAUGCUUCAGAAGAUUCUCAGGCAUCUGUGGCAGUAAUGGCUACAGUGAGUCAACUCUUGGUUGCCAAUGAAACAGAAUUCAACCACAAUAGUCUUGCCAAUGUUACAACAUAACUCAUGAAAACAAUGGAGGAAUUUUCUUUUACUGGCAAUAUCUCACAGUCCAAUACUGCAAUCCAGUCUGUUCCACUGAAAUUCAGCUUCUCUUUGAUUCAUUUUAUUAAGUCAUCUGUAACUUGGAUGUUUGCGAGUCUCUGUUCCUCUAUGCUCAUUUUUAACAUCAUCUUCAUUUCUGGACUUGAAAACCAAAAUGCCAGGAAUCACAGCAGAAAUACCACCACCUGCUACCAGCAAUACCUUCCUUAUGAUGUCGCCAGUAACACCUUAGUCACAUCUGACAUGGAAGAUCCUCCUGCAGACUCCCAGUGUACGGCCUUGGCUGUCCUCCUGCACUAUCUUUUGUUGGCGACAUUGAUGUGGACAGCACUCAGUUCUGCACAGCUGUACCUCCUGCUGCUUAGACUCACAAAGCCCCUGCCCAGACACUUCCUUCUAACCAUGUCAGCAGUUGGAUGGGGUAAGAUUUGAAGUCGUAUACAUGGCAACCCUUACCAAAGUAUCCGUACAUAGUACCUUUAGGGAGAGUUUUGCUGGCCUGCAGCACGGGAGCAAAAUCAGAAUUUCAGUGUGCAAAAGCCCAUGUUGUGGUCACUCCUCUUGCCAGUAGCACUCAUAAUCACCUUUAUGAUCAUCAUCUUCAUCAAGAUUGGCGUCUCUGUGAUACAGAAGAAGAACAAGAAUUUGACAAGGUGA